CGAAAAUGAAGCUCUCAUUAGCAGUCUAUAAAUACAUGUCUCACAUCCACACAAAAAGAAGAAGUAAGUAUCAAACGAGUACAAAAAAUGACGUCACUCAACAGCUCUUCAUCACCAACACCAUCGUCAUCUGACCAAUCUGAUGCAACUACUACAACAAGCACCGGCUUGUCUGAAGAAGAAGCUCCACCGAGAAACAACAACACAAGAAAGAGAAGAAGAGAUUCUUCUGCUGCUUCAUCUUCAUCUUCUUUAAAGCAACAUCCUGUUUACAGAGGUGUACGGAUGAGAAGUUGGGGCAAAUGGGUCUCCGAGAUCCGACAGCCUCGUAAGAAAACUCGUAUUUGGCUCGGCACUUUCGCCACCGCUGACAUGGCUGCUCGUGCUCACGACGUCGCUGCUCUUACCAUCAAAGGCUCCUCCGCCGUCAUUAAUUUCCCUGAGCUUGCUUCUCUCUUCCCUCGUCCGGCGUCGUCUUCGCCGCAUGAUAUCCAAGCAGCCGCCGCAGAAGCCGCCGCCAUGGUGGUCGAAGAAAAAAUGUCGGAUACAGAGGCGACGCCGGAGGAACCACCGUCGUCGGAAUCUUCUUACGUGGCGGCGGAGUCAGGGGAGGAGGAGAGGUUGGAGGAGAUUGUGGAGCUGCCUAACAUUGAAGAAGGGAGUUAUGACGAGAGUGUGACGUCACGCGCUGAUCUGGCUUAUUCUGAGCCGUUCGAUUGUUGGGUGUAUCCUCCGGCUAUGGAUUUUUAUGAAGAAAUAUCGGAGUUUAAUUUCGUGGAAUUAUGGAGCUUUAAUCAUUAAUUAAGUUGUCAUCUGUUUUUUUUGUACGGAUUGUUUCAUACGUAGUACUUGUAGUAGUAAGUUGUAACAUAGGCUAGUUUUUUUGUUUUUUUUUUGGGUAAAUUCAUAGGCUAGUUAGUAUACAAUUAUUGUAAAAUAUACUUAUUAUAUUUCUGUAUUAUGUAUAUGUGUAAUAUAGCAUACAAUUAUUGUAAGUUUGGAAAUUUGAAACAAUCGUUACGCAAUGUUUUUUGUA